AUGCCGGAACCUGUCCCACUUUGGCUGGAUUGCGAUCCGGGCCACGACGACGUCUUCGCCAUCCUCCUAGCAGCCUACCACCCCGGCAUCCGGCUCCUAGGUCUCAGCACCGUCCACGGCAACGCGCCCCUAGACAACACCACUAACAACGCGCGCUCGGCCCUCGCCGCCAUCGGCAAGCACCACGACGUCCGGGUAUACCCCGGCGCCGCGCGCGCCCUCCAGCGCCCCCCCGUCCACGCCGUCGACAUCCACGGCGAGACCGGGCUCGACGGUACGGACCUGCUGCCGCCGCCGCCUCCGAUGCCCGCCGCACAGCAGGCCGAGGGUCCCGUCUCUGCCGUCGACGCUAUGGCCCAGGCGCUGCGGGGGUGCGCCCCGGGCACGGCGUGGAUCGCGGCGACCGGCGCGCUGACGAAUGUCGCGGAGCUGUUUGCCGCGCACCCGGACCUAGUCGCGCGGAUCAAGGGGCUGACGAUCAUGGGGGGUAGUGUGGGGGGUGGGUUUACGCCGGCGGUGAUGGGCGUUGUGGACGGGGUGCCGCGCGUGGGGAAUUACACGCAGUGGGCUGAGUUCAACGUGUUGAUCGACCCCGAGGCUGCGGCUGCGUUGUUCAAGGACCCCGUGUUGGCGACGAAGAUUACGCUUGUCCCGCUAGAUCUAACGCAUCUUGUGCUGGCGACGAAGGAUGUUCAGGAUGUGUUGCUGUAUGGAUCGGCUUCUGAGGAUGGGGAUGGAGCUGGUGUGCGUGAGGGGAGGGGGAAGUCGGAUUUGAGGGUUAUGUUGUUAGAGUUGUUGAAUUUCUUUGCUGGUACUUAUCGCGAGGUGUUCGGCAUCAUAGAAGGCCCGCCUCUACACGACCCGCUGGCGGUAGCGGCCGUGCUAGAAGGCACCGAGUACGAGAUCCCGUUCUACGACUACGACCCCAAGAGUCCUGAGGGGCCAAAUCGACGGGAGCGCUUCGCAGUCGAGGUCGUAACCGAAGGUACGCUUGAGGAUGCUAGAGAGCGUGGCGCGCAGACCGGCCGUACCAUUGCCACAUUAUUGCCCCCUGGUAGUGAGGGCGUCCGGAUACCGCGCGGCCUAGACAUCCCGCUUUUCUGGAAGGUCAUCGAGGAGUGUUGUGAGAGGGCCGACGAGGCGAACAAGAAGAUCCUGGCUACUAAGCCUGCAAACUGA